AUGAAGAAGAACGGUGGUUCUGUCGCUUGUAAAGACGACUUGGAUGGCUCUGAGCACUGUGCGGAGGGCGCCUUUGCUCUGGAGACUGGGGAAGGCUCUGCUAUAAAGGCAGAAGACAGCUCUAUGAAGGCCGACUCCGGAAUGACAAAGAACGGUUCUACGAAUGGCAGGAUGGCCUCGCUGCGACCGCCGCCCCCACCGUCACCGCCGCCUGCUUUUGCCAAGCCGUCGUCGACUUUGGAGAGCCUCCAGGCAUGGUUCUCGCGGCACAAGUUCAUCACGGCUGUCGUGGUUCUGGCCACCGGCACUGUGGUCUACCGCUCAUACCGGAGCAGCGUGCUGCGUCGCAAGACGCGCCGUGCCAGGCGGUCCCGGGACGGCGGACGCGUCGAGGUGGUGUUGGUGGCCGGAUCCCCCGCCCUGCCCCUGACACGAUCUCUGUCGUGGGACCUUGAGAGGAAAGACUUCAUCGUCUUUGUCGUGUCCAACGGCCCCGAGGACAACGUUCUGAUCCAGGGCCUGGCGCGGCAGGAUAUCAAAUCCCUGUCCAUGGAUAUUACUGAUCCUCCCAGUGCUGGCGGAACCAUUGAGCGCUUUGCGAGCUAUCUCCAGUCACACCAUGCUGCGAUCCCCCAGGGCAAGCGGCACCAUCUCUCGCUAAAAGGCGUGAUACUUAUCCCCUCGCUCAACUACCAAACCUCUCCCAUCGCCACCAUACCUCCCUCAAGUUUCGCAGACUUGUUCAACACCCACCUCCUGCAACCCAUCCUCACAAUCCAGGCCUUCCUCCCCCUUUUGACCGCCCGCCUGGGCCCAUCGCAUAGCGAGAAACUAAGCCCCAAAGUGCUCGUCCUCACCCCCUCCAUCAUCUCAUCCAUCAAUCCUCCGUUUCACGCCCCGGAGGCCACCAUAUGCUCGGCCCUGUCAGCCUUUACCGAGGUGCUAGCAGCCGAGCUCCGGCCGCUCGCCAUUCCUACGACGAUAUGGCCCGACACGGUGCGGCACACGUACGGCCGGAACUUUGUCAACCAGUCGGGCUCAGCCAUCAGCACAGGGCGCAUCGGCGGGCUGCGGGGCAGUUCCCUGCGGGACCUACACAACGCCGUGUUCGACGUGCUCGAAGGCUCCGACACGAGCGCCACGAUGCGCGUCGGCCUCGGGUCCAGCGUCUACGGCUUCGUCGGCCGCUUCGUGCCGCGCGGCCUCGUCGCCUGGAUGAUGGCCAUCCGCAAAGCGGACGAGCUCGCCGCCUGGCAGUCGAGCGGCCCCAGCAGCCUGCACAACAGCCCGCGCAGCCCGCGGUCCAUCAUGGGCAGCAGCGGCGAGAGCGAGACGGGCGGCGACGAGAACCAAGAGUCGUUUGUUGCCGUGCCGGAGCAUCACGUCGGCGAGUCGCAUGUGUGCAAGGAGGGCUGAGAGCGGCAAGUCUGGUGCUACCGCCUG